AUGAGAGACCGCCUCCAAGAGCUUAAACUGAGAGCUAAGGAACUACAGAUAGUUGGAGAAAAUAACCACCCACCUGUACAAGAAGAGCAGGAAGAGCUUGAACAGCAGGCCAUUAUUUACGAAAGGGAGCCCAUAACUGAAAGGCAUUUCCAUGAAAUCCAGAAGCUUCAGAAUGAAAUCAAUAAUUUGGUGGACGAAGUUCAUAAAUUUAGUCAACAACAAAAGAGCCUAGUAUCUUCAAUGAGAAGGUUCAGUGUUCUCAAAAAGGAAUCUAACAUAGCAAGAGAAAUCAAAGUUCAAGCAGAACACGUAAGAAAGGGUUUGGACGAACUGUCAAAAACAGUGAAAAAAGCUGAAAGCGAACAUGGGUUAUCAUCUGCCAUAGUAAGAAUUCUAGCUUCCCAGCAUGCUUUCCUAUCCCGGUGUUACCUAAAUGCUAUGCUCUCCUACAACGAAGCUAUAACGGUCAAGCAAGAGAAAUGCAGAAGAUUUAUCGUUCGUCAGCUUGAAGUAGCUGGUAAGGAGGUAUCUGAGGAAGAAGUCAAUGACAUGCUUCAACAAGGAAAAUGGGAUAUUUUCAAUGAAAACCUACUCACUGAAGUCAAAAUUACGAAAGCUCAACUUUCAGAGAUUGAACAGAGACACAAAGAACUAGUCAGUCUGGAGAACCAGAUCAAAGACUUGAAGGAACUUUUUAUCCAGAUAUCGCUUCUGGUAGAGGAGCAAGGGGAGAUGAUCAACAACAUUGAAAUCAGUAUGAACAACACUCAAGAAUACACUCAAAUAUCUAGAGAAAAAUUUGGACUUGCAGUCAAGUAUCGGAAAAGAAACCCUUGCAAAGCAAUAUGCUGCUGGUGUUGUCCAUGCUGCAAAUGA